CCUGCCCCCAAUUGUUUUGCCAUGUUGCAGUUGAGCAGACAGGGACGCAGCGCGCUCCGGUCUCGGUUCAUCUGCACAUCAUGCCGCACGCUGCUGCUGGCCAGCGGGGCGCCGCCGCCCAGGUUGCUGGGCGUUGCCGCAAGGCGCUGUGCAGCGCGGCAGUACUCGACUGAGCCGCAGGAGCAGAAGCAGCAGCAGCAGCAGCAGCCGCAACAACAACAACAACAACAACAGCAGCAGCAGCAGCAACAGCACAGCGCAGAGAAGCCCGACAGCAGACGCGAGGUGACGCCCGGCGCGGGACAAGGCCCCGAAAAGAAGCCCGAGCAUUUCAAGAAGGAGGCAGAUAACGAGCGGGAGAAGAAGGAGACCGAGAAGGAAGCGGAGGAACAUGCGGUGAAGGAGACCAGCAAACAGGCGAAGGCGAAGGCGAAGGCGAAGGAGAAGGCGAAGGCGAGGAGAAAGAAGGCGAAGUUGAGGAAGAAGGCCAGGAAGGAGGCGAGGAAGAAGGCGGAUCUGGAGGCGAAAAAGGAAGCCAAGAAAGAAGUGAAUAAGGUCAAGAGGGCAAAGAAAGUGGCCAAGGAGAGGGGACCCGACUCAGAGGCGGAACAGACCCCGCCCCCCCCUGGACGUCGGCAGCUUGCAGGGGCUCUUGCUAUGUUGAAACGGGUGCUGCGCCAAGAGUUGCAGGAGGAUGCUCCUCAUAUCUCCAAGGCCAUGGUCAACUCCCCGGCCGUGGUCAACUCCCCGGCAGUGGUCAACUCCCCGGCAGUGGUCAGCACCGCGACACAGGCGUCGGGCGCUGCUGAAAAGCCAACGGCCGAUGACCAGCCGGUUGAGAAGGCGGAUGUUGCUAAACCGGCCCGGCCUAGGCCCAGCCCAUUGUCGCCGCAGCCACCGAAACUCCUCAGCGCAUUGGAGCCGAGCCCCUUCCUUGGUCGCCGGAGGAAGAGAGCGGCCUUUACCGUCAGCCGGAUCGAUGCGCGCAAGCUCGAACUGACACCCGUCGAGAAGCCCCAACCGCCGGUAUCCAGACUAGCCUACGGCCUAGACCGUGUGCUGUUCAACCCGGGCGUCUACCACCUUCAGGAUCCCCGGUCCCGUGUCUUCAACUUCGACCCUUAUCUCGCCCGCAUCAUGCCCAUCAAGGAGUUCGAUUUCAACGCCAUCAAGCAGUACGUCACGUCCUCUAAAGACACCACCCUCAUCAAGACGGCUGCCGAGCAUGGCAAGAAGUACACGGGCUCGACAUCGAGCAUGACCUCCACUCUGUCUCAUUUCCACUUCCUCCUCUCUGCCUGGCGCCGCAUCAACCCCGCCAUGAUGUCUUUCAAGUACCCCGUCGACUCGUACAAUUUCACUCGCAUCACCCGCGCCCCCGCCGCCACCUUCUUGCAUUGGAAGGACGGCACCUACGCCAUCGAUGCCGACAAGGAGUUCGACACGGCCAAUAUCCUCAGCAUGCUCGGAAAGUCCAUGGAGAAAUUCCUCACGCUCCCCAAGGAGAAGUUCGAGAAGUACCGCCGGUCAAACUCGGACCAGCUGACCGACGAGGAUCGGAACGGGCCCGAGUCGUACCAUUACACCACCAUGGGCGACUUCUUGAUGCGGUCCCAGCUCGAUGCUUACGAUCCCCGCCUACCGGGCACCGGCAUGUUCGACCUCAAGACCCGCGCCGUCAUCUCGAUCCGUAUGGAUGCGCGCGAUUACCACAAGGGCCUGGGCUACGAGAUCCGCAAGCGCUUUGGCCCCUGGGAGUCGUUCGAGCGCGAGUAUUUCGACAUGAUCCGCUCUGCCUUCCUCAAGUACUCGCUGCAGGUCCGCAUGGGUCGCAUGGACGGCAUCUUCGUUGCCUUUCACAACACGGAGCGCAUUUUCGGCUUCCAGUACAUCCCCCUAGAGGAGAUGGACGUCUCGCUGCACGGCCAAGCUAACCUGACUCUCGGCGAUCGGGAAUUCAAGCUCAGCGUGCACCUUCUCAACAAGGUUCUGGACAAAGUAACAGCCAAGUUCCCAGGGAGAUCGCUGCGCCUGCACUUCGAAACGCGAGGCGCCAACGGCGGCACUCCGUUUAUGUACAUCUUCGCCAAGCCCGUCACUCCGCCCGAAAUUGAGAAGGUUCAGGGAGCCGCGCGGGCGACCAUCGAGGAGUUCGAGCGCCGCAUCUUGGGUCUCGCCCGCCAAGAAGAGCCCCCACCGGAGGAGGCCGAGGACGAUGGAGAGGAGGCCAUGGACGAGCUUGAUGCCGAGGAUUUCGACGAGGCAGAGGAUUACGAAGCGGCCAGCUCCGGUACCUGGGAAGAUGUGAUGAACAAGGUCGAGGAUGAACUAGAGGAUGAGGAGCACGGCGUGACUUUCGUCCGCGACGCCAUCGAGGACGCCCUGCAAGAGAGCGGCCUGCUUCGGGGGACAGCGCCUGACGACAUCCCGCGCUAUGUCGACGCUUUCCUCGAUGCCCUGACCAAAGACAAGGGCCGCCCUACCGUCCCGGGAGGCCCAGAAUCGGCGGAGACAGCCCGGGACCAACUCACCGAGCUGGUUGAGUCGAAGCCACCGGUCGAGCCAGCCGAGGACGGGUCCGAACCCGACGGUACGGAGACCAGUGCUCCCACGGCCGCAAGUGAGCACGAGGGUUCCGGCCAUGAAACUCGAGACGGCGCCAGUGCCGAGGCACCUGCCACUAACGCCUCACCUGCUGAAGAGCCAACGCUCAAAGAUCUGUUAAUCAAGCUCGCCGGCCAAAUACAGGCCAUCCCGAGCGAGCAGCGGGCGGCGCAUGAUCAGAACGAGGAUAAACUCGACGAAAGCGACGAAGGCGUUCCCGCAUAUGCGCCGCAGCUCCGCAAGAUCGAACGGCUCCUCUCUGAACUCACCGAGCAGCCUAAGGAAGGGGAGGCCGCCGAGAAAGACGAGAGAGGCCGAGUCGUCGAGUCGGGCACCGUGUCUGUCGAGGCUGGCGGGGAGGUUGCCGAGAAGAAGCACGAGCAGGCCGCGGAAGACGACGGGAAGACCACGCCGGAGGCCGCGCCCACUGGUCCAGCCACCACCACCGAAGCCGGCCAAGGCGCCACCCAGGGCCUCGUCGAGGAGCCCACCGGCGGGGAGGUCUACGGGCUGAUCCUCACGAUCCGCAACAAGGUCAACGGCGAGUACGUGGUGCGGCCGCAGCGGAUGCGGGCCCAGCACCAGUGGACGGUCGAGUACGCCAUGGAGGAGAUCAGCCCGGCGCGGGUGCACAACCUGUACCAGAUGGUGAUCCGCCGCCGCCGCAAGGCCCUCUACCCGGAGGAGCGCGACGACCAGUCCUCCGCCGCGCGCUGGCACGCCAUGUUCCAGGGCCGCCUCGAGCGCUACAGCGAGCGCGGCCGCAGGUUCCGCUCCCGCGAGAACCGCCGCCAGCGCUCCCAGCCCGUCCACGUCUACGGCGUCGACAGGCCCUACCCGUACCAUGCGGUCUUCCCGGAAGACGCCGAGGACGCCACCAAGGGCGCCGAG